CGGAGAGUUCCUGGGCCAGGCGAAAUUUCUCGCAUACGGUCCUCCACUCUGUGCUCUGGGGGGCAGCCAUGAUUUCUACGAGCUGUGACAAGCGUUCACCAGCAGAGAUAUUCUGGCGCCAUCUCCAGGUCCAGCAGUGAGUGUGUUUCACAGACAGAGCUGGCGGAUAUAACAGAGUCACAGCAGCCUACAGCAGCUCUGGCUAUGUGAGUUUAAGCAGUUGCUGUGUAUUUUAGGAAGUGACGCCACCACCCACCAUCAGGAAAUGGACUGUUUCUUUUAGUAGAUUAUAAUCUGGAUACUCCAUAAUGUGCGAGGUGUUAAUUGUCCAUACCAGUGAGGCCAGGGAAUGGGCUGAGUAUCUGCAGCAAAUAUUGGUAGCAUCAAGUAAGUUUCUGGAGGGCUCCCUCAUUCUGUAUGAUGUGAAUGAAGAGAUUUGGAUGAAAAACCAUGAGCUGUUUGGCUCCAGUAAGUGCAUCAUGCUUUUGCUGUCUACUGCAUUCUUGGACAUGCAGCAAGACCCAGAAGUGCAGGAUAAUUUCCGGGAUCUUCUUCAUCCUCCUUGCAAAGUUGUUGCCUUUUUGUGUGGUGUAUCAGAAAGCCAAGUGUCAACAGACUAUUUUGAACACUGGGAGUAUUGGAGAAAGCUCAAUUCAGAAGACGAACCAUCAGCAUAUGUGUCUGCUGUCCUUGACUGCAUUAAUAUUGGAUCUGUUAGUGGAAAUUGUCAGAAUCCAUAUGAAAUUGAACUAGAAGAACAAACGAAUGAGUUCACAUUAUCAGAGAUUCCUGAGACAUCACCUGAUGAGACGGAACAAAUUCAGGUGAUUGGGGAAGAUGUUCGUCAUACUGAGCAAACCAUGGGGCCACUAGAUGAUCAAACUUGCCUCACCAUCCAACCAGACAGAAUACUAUGUGGGAAUCGUGUGAAUAUUUAUAUAAUCAUGGUAAAGAAAAUUGUGGAUGAGGGCAGACUGGAGGUGGAGUUUCACUCUCAGUACUCGACACCUCAGCGGAUCGCUGGGACUCUUCUAAACGAGUACAUUGUUACUGUACAGUCACCUGAUAUGCCAGCUGGGAAAGUCUCAUUGACACUUUAUAAAAAUGAAUCUGUGGUCUGUUCAACAACUGUGACAUAUUACACAGAAAUGGAAGAGAUUUGCAGGUAUCUAAAGAAAGCAAUGGAUCCUGUGCAGUUCAUGUGUCAGGCAUUUGAUAUCACAUCAAAGGUGCCCGAGUCAUUGGAUAAUUUGCUUGCAGACUCUCUGGAAGAACGGAUGCCUCUAAAGGGAUUAGAAGUAUUUGGAAUUAGUCAAAUUGCAGAUAACACAUCCACGAAUCACAGUAAUGUGGAACUUCCAACACUGCUUCACUUCUCGGCCAAGUAUGGCUUAAAAAAGUUAACGUCUUCGUUAAUGCGGUGCCCCGGAGCCAUGCAGGCCUACAGUGUAAUGAACAAAGAUGGGGAUUACCCUAACAAACUGGCUGAGAAGAGUGGCUUCUCUGAUUUAAGACAGUUUAUGGACGAAUAUGUUGAGACAGUAGAUUUAGUGAAGACCCACAUUGAGGAAUCUCAGAACACCUCAGGCAACGAGGAUAUCUAUGAGGACAUGUUGAUGGCUUCCCAAAAUUUCAUCAGUAAUUUCGAUAAUGAGGACGUUUACGAGUGUAUGAUGAAACUAAAUCCUGAGAUGGGUUUGUAUGAUGAUGACAUACAAAGGGCUCUGGACGACUCCAACUCUGAGUCAAUCCUGAGAAAGUUUUUUGAAGCACAACCUGACAGGAGUUUACAGUCCUUGGAACAUACUUCAAUCAAUGGUGGAUUACCUGAAAUGGAUGAUGAUGAAUACCGUGACAUGGGCCUUAAUGCGGAAAUCUAUGGAGAAAUAGAAGAGGAGGACCCGUAUAACCCAUGCUGCCCUGAUCAAAUUUAUGACAUAGUGGAACCACAAUCCACCCCUGAAAUAAUCAACCGUCCACCUGCACCGAUUCCACGACCCGCCAACCUGCCGGAGCCAGAAGAGAACACAACCUACAUUUCCAAAGUAUUUUGUCUCAAGGAACCUUUAUACUCACUCAGUCAACGGCCAGAGAGUGAUUCCUCUUUAGCACCUGUACGGCUGGUGAGAGACAGAAACAUGAGCAGUGACCAUGACCCCUAUGCAGGCAUGAAGACCCCGGGACAGAGGCAGCUCAUCUCUCUACAGGAGAGGGUGAAGGUGGGUGAGCUGACUGUGGAGGACGCAGUUCAGGAGUUCAAGGCUUGGCAGUUUGAUCAAGAUAAAAGAUGGCGCUCUCUCCGCUUCCAGCAGGAAAAUUUACAGAAAUUAAGAGACAGCAUCACUCGACGCAAUAAAGGCAAAGGACCGAAUGAGCUCAUGAUUACAGCACCAAUACAAACAAACAGUCAGUGGGGCGCUCAAAUGAAUGUGAAUUGCUCAGUGUACGAACCCGCACCUCGGUUGAUUGCCCAACCUCCUCCUGUUAGUCGACCGCUGCAGAGAGGAAGCUGGCAGACAGGAAGCACCUCCAGCACUUCUAGUCUGACCUGUGCAGGUAGUAGCAGUCACAGAUUGAGCAUUCAGAGCACCGUCAGCAACAGCAGUGGGAUGGAAGGUGAAUGUGAGGAGCCUCCGGACAUUCCUCUUCCUCCACUGCCUCUCCGGCCCGCUGUGGAUACUCCACCAGUACUCCCUCCACCCAGGGUCCCACGACGUGUAAUAGAGAGGAAUACAGAGAUAAAUGAGCGAUAUGUAUCGACUCCAUCCCGUCCUGUUCAUCAGACGCCUGCGCAACGGCCCAUGCCACCUCCACCAAUACCGAGACGCACAUGGUGAUGGCCUGCUUCAGCACGGCUGGCUUUCGUUUUGUUUGACUCUGCACUUUUCUUGUUGAGCCUGUGAGAUAUGUGAGUCUCUUUAAGGAGGAACAGAAACUAUUGGCUGUGUCCGAAACUGAAGACAGCUCCUUUGCUGCCCUAUCAGUCAGUGACCUUACAGAGGUUUUGCAUGAAGGUGACUCUUAAGGAAACUGGUUUGCCAUUUAUAUUCUUUUUACCAACUGCCAUCUAUUGUAGGUAGAAAACAGGAUAUUAUGCAAACGUCAGAUUCAGAAGUCUUGAAGCUAUCUUAUUUUUCAUAUGCUGCCUGUGGUUUCAGACACAGUCAGUGGAUCAGUAUCCAGUGUUCAACUGUUUUAAUCUAGACUCCACUUGCAAUGCAAACAAUCACCUUAGUUUAUAGGUAUUAAAAUAUAAAUCUUCAGCUGAAGAUAUGCAAUAUGUUUAAGUUUUUUUUUUCAUAAAGUCACUUGUUUGCUAUAAAGCCAUUUGUUUUGUGCUCUCUGAGUGCCUUUAGUAGCAAAUAGCAAACUCAAGAAUUUGCCUACAUUUGUUUUUAAUCAGAACAAUACUUUGUGUUGGCUGUGAUCGGUCAUGAGAUGAUGAGAUUUAUUGUUCAAGAGUUUUCUGCGUUUUAAAAAUAUUUAUUGAUGUAUUCAAAUAUUAUUGCUGGCUGUAAUAUAUCCCCGAAAGAGAAGCAGGGAAACAGUGUAUUUAAGUGUGAAGAAGGAAGAUGUGUGUUAUGUAUGUAUUUGUUUGUCUGCGUGUUCAUGUUUGUUAGUCCAUGAAGACAAAACUAAUUAAAGUGAUUAAGUAAA